UACAUAAAUAGCUCACUGAUUAAAAUCCCCUCCUCCUUCAAACAUUUUGUUUCAUAAAAACCAAUAACUGCGAAUCUCUCUCUCUCUCUUUAUUUUUUUUUUUUCCUUCUUUUUCAACAAUUUGAUCAAACAAGAACCAACCAAUGGCAGACCAAGAUUCAAGCUCCCGUCCAUCAGCACCGAUAUUGGCUAUUAACCAAUCCAAAAGGGAUGAAGAAUCAGCAGAAACAGUGCAGCUCAGAAAACUGAAGACCAGGAAACGCAUGAAACGCCUAGCAUAUGUUUCAGUUUUCAUGGUGGUUCUGAUCGUAAUAAUAUUGAUCAUUUCACUAACACUGCUACGUGCCGACAGUCCCAAGUUCCGAAUCAAUUCGAUCACCAUUCAAGAUCUUAUCAUUAACAACUCGGAUUCGGAAUCGCCUUCGGUUAACAUGAGGUUGGGUGCCGAAAUCGCCGUGAAGAACACAAACUUUUGGGAGUUCAAGUUCGAAGAUCGGAGCUCCAACAUUAUAAGCUUUGUUUACGAGGAUAAUUUAGUUGGCAAUAUUACUUUGGUUGGUAAAGGGAAAGCCAAAGCUCGAUCGACCAAGAAGAUGAACGUAACGGGGAACGUGAGUGCUAUAGCAAACUCGGAGUUGGAGGGUGAUAUAGAAUCGGGGUCUUUGAGUAUGAAGAGCGAGGGAAAGUUAAGAGGGAAAGUUCAUUUGUUGGGUUUUAUAAAGAUGAAAAGAACUGCACAAAUGAACUGCACCAUGACCAUUCAUUUGGAAGACAAAGUGGUUCAAGAUUUGGAAUGCAAAUAAUAAUAAUAAUAAUAAUAAUAAAUACAAAAUAAAUAAAUAAUAAAUAAUUUUUUUUGCAUCGUUGCAUGCAUAUGGUAUAUAUAUAUAUAUAUAUAUAUAUAUAUAUAUAUUGCUUGUUUUGAAUUGUGAGUAGAUAAUUGUGUAUUUUAUACAUUCGUUUAUUUUUACUUAUUCUUUGGAUUUGAGAAUCUACUUUUUUGUAUAAUUUAAAAAAUAUCCGUGUAAGUGUUUGUUUUCAAUAAGGAGAUUUAAAAGAUUGUUUGUUAACGUGUAUAUUAAUUUGAAGUGU